UUUCAGCAGUCACGAUCUCAUCAUAGAUGAUACAGUACUGUAUCAUCUAUGAUCUCAUGAAUCAGAGCAGAGCGAUCGAGCAUACAAGCACAGGAGCUGAAAUAAUUACUACAUGUUUUGUAUCCUGGCUAUAUGAAGUGAUAUGGCGAGCAAAUAUCUUAGUGACAAACAAGAAGUGGAAAGUUGUGUAAAAAAUUCGCCCCACAUUCCAGAACAGGAUGAAAGCGCCUUACAAGAACAAACUGAUUCUCUUGCUUUAAAAAGUCAGGCGUUAGCAUGCAGUUUGAAGAUUCCCAGCUAUGCAGAGUUUGUGGUAAAUCGACCACCACAAUCUGUUACCCAGAGAUACUUUACUCAGCAUUAUUUUGUCGGUAAGAGCCCCAAUGAAGAUCAGUGUGUUUUGCUUCACUCCAAUGGGGUUUGCGCUAUCUGUCUUUCACCCAAGCACCAGUUGAUAACCAAGUACGCACAAAAUAUUGAGUCUGUGGACUUUCACAGUGGAUCUACAGACAGAGCAGCUAAUAGAGUGUCUGGAAAAAGAAAAAGAGGAGGACAGCAACUGCAACAACAGUCCAUACUCUGUGCAAUCACUUGCUCGGAUGGAGAGCGCUUCAGCAUUAGAAGUUGUGUUCAAGGAACUCUACUUGAAGUGAAUGAACAACUCGUAUCCAACACAAGUCUCAUGGUCUCUAAGACUGUCAGUGACGGUUACAUUGCUCUAGUGUUACCAAGGUUACAAGCUGCAGACAAAAUAGUGGCUGGGCUGCUCUCAGAAGACGAAUAUAUGAAUAGAUUAGAAAUUCAAUAGUGUUUUCACUCGUAACAUAAUUAUAAGUUUACUAAUAGGAAUUCUGGUAAUCACACCUUACAUGAAGAUACAUCAUUAAUUACAU